AUGGAGAUCGAUAAAGCGAUUGGAGAAAGCGAUGAUAAGAGGUUGAAGACGAAGUACAAUAACGCUAUCUUCGUCAUUAAACGAGCUCUUGCUCUUUACUCUAUUGAAGAGGUUGCCUUUAGUUUCAAUGGAGGAAAAGAUUCGACUGUGUUGUUGCACCUUCUCAGAGCCGGCUAUUUUUUGCAUAAGAAAGAAGUGAGUUGUUCAAAUGGAGGUCUAUCAAAUUUUCCAGUCCGGACCAUUUACUUUGAGAGCCCUUCUGCAUUCACUGAAAUCAAUGCAUUUACAUAUGAUGCAGCUCAAACUUACAAUCUACGACUUGAUAUCAUUCGCCAAGAUUUCAAAUCCGGGUUGGAGGCAUUAUUAAAGGCCAACCCUAUCAGAGCUAUUUUUCUUGGUGUCCGAAUUGGUGAUCCUACUGCGGUUGGUCAAGAGCAAUUUUCUCCUAGUUCUCCUGGAUGGCCGCCCUUCAUGAGGGUGAAUCCUAUAUUGGAUUGGUCAUAUAGAGAUGUUUGGGCAUUUCUCCUAACGUGCAAGGUCAAGUAUUGCAGCCUUUAUGACCAGGGAUACACAUCAAUUGGGAGUAUUCAUGAUACUGUUCCCAACGCGUUAUUGUCUGUUAACGACAGCAGCAGUAAAGAGAAAUUCAAACCAGCUUAUUUGCUUUCUGAUGGGAGGUUAGAGAGGGCAGGGCGAGUCAAGAAAAUUGCUUCAGUUAAGAAUGACGUAGAUAGUGAUUCACAAAAACACGAGGUGCUUUUGGCCUCGGUUAUUGCUGUUGGGGAUGAGAUUCUGUCUGGCACUGUUGAAGAUCAAUUAGGACUGUCUCUGUGUAAAAAGCUGACUUCUAUUGGUUGGUCGGUGCAACAAACUGCUGUUCUUCGGAAUGAUAUAGAUUCUGUAUCCGAGGAAGUUGAUCGCCAAAGGUCUAUCUGUGAUAUGGUAUUCAUUUAUGGAGGAGUUGGUCCUUUGCAUUCUGAUGUUACUUUGGCUGGUGUUGCUAAGGCAUUUGGGGUUCGCCUGGCACCUGAUGAAGAGUUUGAGGAAUACCUUAGGCAUCUUAUCAGCGAGCAGUGCACAGGUGACAGGAAUGAAAUGGCUCAGUUACCAGAAGGAAUUACUGAACUACUGCAUCAUGAAAAGCUUUCGGUGCCAUUGAUCAAGUGCCGCAAUGUGAUUGUUCUUGCUGCUACAAACACUGAGGAACUAGAGAAGGAGUGGGAAUGUCUGACCGAGCUAACUAAACUGGGUGGAAGUUCAUCACUCAUGGAGCUAUAUGCGUCAAGGCGCUUGAUGACAUCUUUAACAGAUGUCGAAGUUGCAGAACCUCUGUCCAAACUUGGUCUUGAAUUCCCAGACAUAUAUCUUGGGUGUUACCGGAAAUCCAGACAAGGUCCUAUUAUCAUCUGCUUGAAGGGAAAGAGUAAUGCACGGAUUGACUCAGCUGUACAGGCACUAUGCAAGAAAUUCAAAGAAAAUGUGUUCGUAGAAAUCAAAUAG